AUGGCGGAAGAUCAAACAUCGAAAACGUUGACAAUUGAGCAAAGAUAUGAAAUUCUUCAGAUGUUAGAAAGUGGUCAGAAUCGGAGAAAGAUAACACGAAAAUACGGUGUUUCAAGACCCAUCGUGGCCUGUAUAUAUGCAGAAAGAAUGCUUAUUAAAAGACAUUUCGAAACCAACCCAGUUUAUACCGACCCUUUCGCAAGACAUAUAUCAUCGUCGCGUUCAGCGGAAUUCGAGAGAGCUCUUUACCUGUGGUGCAAACGAUGUAUGAAGAAUAACAUAGAAAUAACAGGAGUAGAGAUACAGAAAAAAGCUCUGGAACUUAAUGACAAAUUAAAGGGAGAGUCUCAUUUUAAAGCCAGUAAAGGUUGGUUACAAAGCUUUAGAAACCGUUGCGGUAUUAGCCGUACAGAUGUCAAGCGAGAUUUUCCAAUCCCAACUAAACCUGCAACAGACACCUUCAAAGUUAAUUUUAAGAAAUUUCUGCAAAAAGGGGAGUACGCAUUAGAGAACGUUUACAAUGCCAGUUACACAGCAAUAAUGUGGAAAGCAGUACCAGAAGGAACUUUGAUCUUUCCCCACGAGAAAUUGACAACAAGCCAAGAAAUAUGCGAAGAUCACGUUACUAUACUCUUUUGUGCAAAUGCUACCGGAUGUCACAAGUUGCCUCUAUUAGUAAUCGGCAGAACUGCGGAUAUUCGAAGUUCACACAAUUUGAAUACAAAUGCCCCCACAACUAUCUACACAGCAAACGCCAAUGCUUGGAUGAACAAUUCCAUUUUCAAUCUAUGGUUCGAAGAAUGUUUCAUAAAAUCAGUAAAAGAAAGACAAGAGAUGAACAGGGGCAGGGAGAAAACUCUGUUGUUACUAGGUAGUGAUAGGUCACUUCCCGAUCUCAAUAAUCUGAAUAAAAGAGAUAAAUUCGUUACAGUUAUGAGUACUCCACUUGACGUAACACAUUUCAUACAGCCAAUGAAUUGUGGAAUAAUAACAUGUUUCAAGCGAAAGUACCGAAAAGAAUUGGUGAAAGCAUUAAUGCCAUUACCUAGAUACAAUACGAGGAGUGAAGUGAUAGACAUCUAUGAAGAAUUAAACGCGUGGGAUUGCUGCUGCAUUAUGCGUGAUGCUUGGUCGUAUGUCGAAGAUGAAAUAAUGGAAAUCGCGUGGAACGUCAUUUUGAAAUAUGAAUUCAGACUGAAUAUGGACUUCACACCAAAUGUAUGUAAUGACGUAGGUGAAACAGUUGAAUUGCUGCAUAGCUUACCUGGGUGCGAACGGUGCGACUCAUCCAGCGUGCACAACUGGUUUCUAAUUGAUAACAUACGUAAUAUAAUCACAAAGGUAUAUACCGACAAAGUUAUUCGAGAUUUUCAAAACAAAACUUUAUAUGAAGGGUACAUAGAUACUGUCGACGAUGGAGCUGACCCUUCUUAUGCGAAGUUUCCAAGGUUCAGCUAA